AUGUCUAGCCAAAGGCAGAUUGACCCCAAGAGGCAGCAGGAGCUUCAGCUCCAAUACACGAACUUCAAGAACACCCUCCAGCAAUUAGCACAAAAGAUCGGUGAUAUCGAGCAGGAAGGAGAAGAGCACAAACUUGUGAUCGAAACUUUGGACCCUCUUGAUGGAGACCGAAAAUGCUUCCGCAUGGUGAAUGGUGUUCUCGUUGAGCGCACCGUCAAGGAUGUCCUCCCUACCCUGAAGACCAACUCGGAUGGGCUGAAACAAGUGUUGGAUGACAUGCUCAAGCAAUACAAAUCAAAGCAGACUGAGCUAGAUACUUGGAAGAAGAAGAACAACAUCCAAGUUGUGCAGCCUUAG